UUUUUUUUUUUUUUUGUUCUUUAUCUUAUUAUUAUGUCUGUCUCUGCAGUAUCAACCCCUUCAACUGAACAAAGCACAAACCCUAUGUCUCAGACCCCCUUAAAUGGAUAUGUUGGUUUUGACACAAUUACACAACAAAUCGAACGAAAGUUACUGAAAAAAGGAUUUCAAUUUAAUGUGAUGGUUGUUGGUCAAUCAGGCCUUGGUAAAUCCACACUUGUCAACACUAUUUUUGCUUCUCAUUUGAUCGACAGUAAAGGUAGACUUGAAGCUUCAGAAUUAACUCGUCAAACAACAGAAAUUGAAGCUGUUGCACAUACCAUUGUUGAAAAUGGUGUUCGUUUAAGAUUGAAUAUUGUGGAUACACCUGGUUAUGGUGAUCAAGUCAAUAAUGACAAUUGUUGGGAACCCAUCAUCAAAUACAUUAAAGAUCAACAUUCAGCUUAUCUUCGCAAGGAAUUAACAGCCAAACGUGAAAGAUAUAUUGUCGAUACUCGUAUUCAUUGUUGUCUCUUCUUUAUCACACCCUCUGGUCAUUCCCUUAAGCCUAUUGAUAUUGUUGUACUCAAGAAACUUUCAGAAGUAGUGAAUGUGGUACCUGUGAUUGCUAAAUCUGAUUCACUCACUACUGAAGAACGCGAUCUUUUUAAACAAAGAAUCAAGGCGGAAUUAGCUUUCCAUAACAUCAGAUUAUAUCCUUAUGAAAGUGAAGAAGACGAAGAGCAAGAAAGAACUUUGAAUGAAAGUAUUUGGGAACUGAUUCCAUUUGCUGUUGUUGGUUCUGAACGCAAUGUAGUCAUUGAUGGUAAAGCUGUGCGUGGUAGAAAGACACGUUGGGGAGCUAUCAAUGUAGAAGAUCCUGCUCAUUGUGAGUUUAUUCAUCUUAGAAAUUUCUUAACCAGAACACAUUUACAAGACUUGAUUGAAACUACAGCCAUGAUUCAUUAUGAAACUUUCCGUGCUAAACAAUUAAUGGCGAUCAAGGAAUCUACACAACUUCAACAAAAGCCUGAAACAGUAUCCGAAUAAUUUACCCAUACUAUUUAAUAAAGAACAAAAAU